AUAAAUAUCACGUGACGCUCGGCAACCAAUCGCAUAUCCCGCCCUCAAACUAAACGUGACGCCAGUUUGAAGCGAGGUCAGCCAUCUUAGAGACGGGAGGAGCGCAACUCUUAGCUCUCCAAAAAAAUAAUUAAAACCGAAGAUCGGUGACGAUUACUUUACAUUUCGUUAUUGGAAAUAACUCAAGAAACGCAUCUGACGUCUGGAAACUUUUCCGCGCGCAAACGGCGAAAGCAACAGCAGUGUGGAGUUAAGACGAAGCUAAGCGGACGGGCCUACAGCGAUGGUGCAAUCGUGUUCCGCUUACGGUUGCAAAAACCGAUAUGACAAGGAUAAGCCCAUAUCGUUUCAUAAGUUUCCCCUCACUCGUCCUCUUCUCUGCAAAAAAUGGGAGGCAGCUGUGAGAAGGGCGAACUUCAAACCAACCAAGUACAGUAGUAUCUGCUCCGACCACUUCACUCCUGACUGCUUUAAGAGAGAAUGCAACAAUAAACUUCUGAAAGACAAUGCAGUUCCGACAUUAUUCUCUUACACGGAAACAAAGCCUAAGAAUGACAAAGAGACUGAAGUUAAGGAUGAACGGCCUCCAGUACCUGAAGUGGACCCUGCUAUCGGAUUAUUGCUGCCUCCUCCAUAUACGGCCGGCCACAUAGCCGUGAUUUGCGACCACAAUUAUACAGUGGAAGAUACAGUCCUUCAGAGGAGGAAGAUACAACAGCUGGAAGAACAAGUUGAUAAACUGAGGAAAAAACUUAAGAUUGCAAACCAGCGGUGCAGAAGACAGGAGCGCAAUCUGGAAAGACUAGAAAAAGAGGUUUCUUAUUAUAAAACAGGAAAUGGUUAUGUUAUCUUGCCAGGUAAUUAUUUUGAGGUGUUAAGUCAGCCAGAAGCCCAGGAGGCCCAGACAUUUGAAUAAAAGCUCUGGUUGCUGUAUCCUUUAUAUCAGAGCAGAGGUAUGUAAAGUUUUUACUCCCCCUGUUUAACUGCGAUAUCUGUAAACCACAGAGAAGUUGAUAGGGGUUGGCGUGCAAACUUUUCCUACCUUUAAAACAGAUUACUGAUAUAAUGAAAGAUUUUGUUAAUCCAGUCUUUAUUAAGAUGCUUGCUUUGUUCUGCAAGUGUUCUAUCUUACAAUAAGACAUGCCUAUAAUUCCUAUUUCCUAUUACUACUCCAUGUUCAUUGAGAGUUUGAAUAUAUUUACAAAUAUGUUUACUUUUGAGAAGAAAAUACUGGGGAAAAUAGACUAUUAAAGCUCUUUAAGGCUAAAGUUGCAUGGAUUGUACUUCAAUUUCCGUUUACUGGUCUGCAUUGGAGCACAUUGAGUAGUCAUGAGCAUUUUGUUUUGGUCAAGAAUUGUAACAUAGUUUUCUUUUCUUUUUUGUUGCAUAUAUUGAAAUGUAGGACCUCCUUUUUGUUUUUGUAAAAUUUGCAAUAAAGUGUAUUCUAUAAUAAAAAAAAA